GGCAGACACUGUGAAAAACUUGAAGGGAACAAGUAAAAAAAAAAUGACACAGCAGAGCGUUUCUCAAACCAAGCAGCAAAACAAAAACUCACUUUCGUUUUGUUUCUUCUUUAAUUUGUGUCUAUGCAGUCACAGGAAGUCGGGACGUUGACCGAGACAAUCCAAGUGCUGUUUUCGCGCAGGGAACACCUGCGGAGUGGGCGUAGCGUGCGUCGAGUCUCGGCGCGACUAGGGUCCUUUUAAAAUUAGUAGAGAAGUCGUUCUUGCGCGCCUGUUUAUCGCAAGAGAACGGCGAUGGAUACCGACUUAUGGGCUUUCGGAUACGCCUUCACCGUGGCAUUGGGAGGUGUCAUAGGCUACGUGAAAGCUGGUAGCAUACCAUCAUUGAUGGCGGGCUUGGUGUUCGGCGGCCUCGCCUUGAUUGGCGCUUACCAGACAUCGCAAGACCCCCACAACUACUACUUAUCUCUCGCGGUGUCCGGAGUGUUGGCCGGCUUGAUGGGCUACAGGUUCGCACACACAUCAAAGAUUAUGCCAGCAGGACUGAUUGCAGUUCUGAGCAUUGCCAUGUGCUGCAGAAUACUGUGCAGGGCUUUUUCGCCACCUGGUCCACCCGGUCAACCCAUGCCAGCUGCCAAACAGUGAUGCCCCUCUCCCACUUUCUUUUUUCUCUAAAUGAAAAGUUGGUUGAAUCUAAGGGUUUCGAAAUAACCCGCAUUUUGUAUGAAAUAAACAGACACUUUCUGAAACACUUGUUCAUCGCACUGAACAAA